AUGUCUUCGGGCAAGCUGAAUCCAGCUAUGAGCAGCAAGACAUGUCCAUCCGCAGCCAAGCCACUUACCAAGCCCUCACUUCGACUCCUCUUCGCAUUCCUCACACUUCACGAUGUCCUUCUGCUGCUGCUACCCGCAGUACUUUGCUCCAUCGUGGUCGGAAUGGUCCCCACGAUCAUGUCGAAAGUCAUCGGCAAAGCGUUCGACGCAUUUGCCUCCUACAAUCCGACUUCUCUGCCUUCCACAUCCAUCCCCUCCUCAGCGAAUCGUCACUUCCUCUCUCGCAUCCUGAACACCGUUUACGCGCUCCUCGCCCUCUCAGCCAUCAUCUUCAUCAUCAGCACACUCUCUGUCUCCAUAUGGAUCUGUCUCGGAGAACGUACCGCUUCGCGCAUCCGACGUUCGGUAUUCUCCAGCAUCAUGGGCAAGAAAAUGUCGUGGUACGACACCGGCAUGUCACUUUCUUCUUCCGCGGGUGACGACGAGGUGGAGAUCUCACCGGCAGGGUUGAUGACAAAGUUCGCCAGGGAGAGCGACGAUGUCCGGGUGGCAAUUUCGAGGGAGGUGGGGAUGAUCGUGCAGAGUCUGACGACAGCAGUGGCGAGUCUGGUGCUGGCAAUGUGGACCAGUUGGAGUCUGACGCUGGUGAUCCUCUCGUCGAUUCCGGUGAUAUUGGUGCUGACGGUGGUGACCGAGGUAGCUGCUGCUCCGUGGAUGCAGAAGGAGAGGAUGAGUACGAGUCAAGCGACGUCGAUGGUGGAGAGGGUAGUGGAGGCGAUCAACACGGUGAAGGCGUUCAACGCUCAGAAGAAGGAGGCGAGUAGGUUCGAGGGGGAGUUGAGGAACGGGUGCAAAUCGUACAGGAGACUGUUGGUUUGGUGGGCGGCGAGGUACGGUGUCACGGGAGGCUUGGUCUUUGCGACGUUUGUGCAGGGCUUUUGGUUCGGGAGCCAUUUGGUGGCCAAGGGGAGAUUGACACCGGGACAGGUGAUGACGGUGUUCAUGGCGAGCUUGCUGGUCAGCUCGACGUUGAAUGAGAUCGUUCAGGCGUUGACGUAUUUGGAUAAGGGCAAGGUCGGAGCCGCCAACUUGAUCAAUCUGAUCAGUUCGUCGGAUGUCACACCACCUUCGGCGGACAGGAGUUCGCACAGAGCCGAAUCGGUACGGUCGUCAGCUUACACGGAAGGCAAGACCACUGCGACGAGCGCGGUUUUUCCCAACUCACCCACCAGUCCGAACUCGGCUUCCCACCUCGACGUGCUCGAGUACGAUCCUCGACGGGCCAAAGCCGUACCCAUGUCGAUCGAAGAUAUCCCCGCCACCCCAUCGCCCGGCGUCUUCAGUCCGGACAGGUUCACCUACCGAACAGCGCCCCUCAUCGCCUCCCCGACUCGCUUCGCCAAACGUUCCGUGCAAGGAAUGCGUCGUAUCGCCCCACCCACAUGUCAAGGCGAAAUCCACUUCCGCUCCGUCAGCUUCAGCUACCCCUCCCGACCCUCGACCCUUGUCCUCGAUCGAGUCGACCUCUACUUUGCUCCCUCCGAGACCACCUACGUUGUGGGCGGCAGCGGUAGCGGUAAAAGCACCAUCGCCCAACUCCUCCUGCGACUCUACGAACCGACCUCGGGUCACAUCCAGAUCGACGAUCAAACCAUCGAAUUUCUCGACCCGCACUGGUGUCGCCAACACAUCGCUUCCGUCAGCCAGGAUCCGAUGAUUUUCGACAUGAACGUUCACGACAACGUCGCUCUCGGUCUCGCCAACACUUGCGACACUCCCACCUCCCCGGAUACCGGCGUACCUCUCGUCGCACGAUCCGACAUCGAAUCAGCGUGUCGCCUUGCACUUCUCCAUGAGUUUGUGCGCGAUCUUCCCGAAGGUUACGAGACCGCGUUGGGCUCGAAAGCGACGGCAUUGUCGGGAGGUCAGAAGCAGAGGUUGGCGAUCGCAAGGGCGAAGUUGAGGGAUCCGUCGAUCUUGAUCUUGGACGAAGCGACGAGCGCUUUGGACCCGACGACGAGACAUUUGGUGCAUGAGGCGAUCAAGGCGUGGAGAAGGGGAAAGACUACGAUUCUCAUUACGCACGAUUUGUCGCAGAUCGAAGGCGAGGACUUUUUGUAUUUGUUGGAUGGUGGGAGGGUGGUGCAGCAGGGGUAUAGGUGCGAUUUGGAGGGGAGGGAGGGGCUGUUUAGGUCGAUGUCGUUGCAGCAGAAGCGAGGCGCGGGCGAAGGAGAACCACGAGAAGUUGUGGAGGAAGUCGAGGAGAUGGAGCAGGGUGGUAGGAUCGAGCAGUCGACCGAUGAGACGUAUCCUUGUCGACAUAGAAUCAAGUAUCAAUCGAUGCUCGGAUGGGGGGAACGCGAUCGAAGCAUCUUAUCGGAGCACCUAUCCCUGAUCAUCUCGCAGAAGCUCGAUGGCGCUCCUUCUCACCUCAAGCCGCUAAGACUGGCGGAAAGGCAAGCGAUGAACAGCUACUUUGAGGAAGCCGAAGCGUUGAGAGCUACCGGUUCGAGCGCUAGCGAUCGACGUGCACGCAAUGCCACUGUCCAACGCAGAAAGUGGGACGCUGCUUCGCUCGACAACGUUUCGACCACUGCGACACACUUCAAGCCUUCCUCGCACGCUUUCGAGGACUCCGACGGAGCUCCGAGCAAGCCGCCCACAGUGCGACAAAUAUGGUCCAUCCUCUGGCGUACCAUUCCCAGCCGAGCACUUUUCCUCGUCGCCAUCUGCCUCUGCGUCAUUUCCGGUACUCUCACCCCUAUCUUUUCCUACCUUCUCGCCCAGCUCUUGUCCACCAUGGGUCAACCUCACUCCGAAGCUAUCGUCCUCAAAUGGAGCCUGCUCGUGCUUCUGACCGCCCUUCUCGAAGGAAUCUUUUCCUUCACGCGCUACCUCUUCAUGGAACUGCUUGCCGACGAAUGGCUCUUUCGACUCCGGUCCCGCUCCUACGCCUCCAUCCUCUCACAAGACCGAUGGUUCUUCGACUCUCGCACCAACUCCGCCGCCCGCCUCUGCCAGAGCCUCAUCAAGGACGCCGAAGACGCCCGAAACCUCGUCGGUCAGAUCAUCGGUCAACUCGCCCUGAUCACCUCCAUGAUCACGCUCGCCCUCAUCUGGUCCCUCGUCCUAGGCUGGAAGCUCACCCUCGCAGGGAUCGCCUUCGCUCCCGUUUUCAUCCUCGUCACCCUCCUCCAGUCCCGCAUCAUCGCUCACUACGAAGCUCGAAACAAGCUGAAGCGCGAGCUUGUGUCGGAAAAGUUCCACGCCAUGAUCCUGCACUCGAGAGCGAUCCGUUCGAUGGGUCUCGAAUCCGUAUUCGACGCAAUGUAUCAGGCUGCGGUGGAUGAGGCGCAGAGGUGUGGGAUGAGGAGUUCGGUGUUUUCCGGGUUUGGACAUGGAAUGAGCGACGCACUGACGUAUGUGGCGGAAGCGUUGAUCUUCUACGUCGGUGCGAGGCUGAUGAUCGAAGGAGAGUAUGGGUUUCAGAAGAUGAUGGAGGUUUUCAAUCUGAUCAUCUUUGCGGUGACUUUUGCCGCUCAGAUGUUGACGUUUCUACCUGGGUUCAGCAAGUGCGUCAAAGCGCUGGUUGACUUGGAUCGUCUGUUGAAGCUAGAGGAAUCGGCGAGGAGGGAAGAGGAGGGUGAAUUGAAGGGGAAUAUCCGGGGUGCGAUCGAGUUCAAAGACGUUGCUUUCGCGUACGACUCUCGAGCGGACGUCAAAGUUCUGGACAAGGUGUCGUUCACGAUCAACCCGGGAGAAUGCGUCGCCAUCGUCGGUGGAUCCGGAUGCGGCAAAAGCACCAUAGCUGCCCUCCUCCAACGCCUGUACGAACCAUCUUCCGGAACCAUCUGCAUCGACACCCAUCCCAUCUCUUCCCUCUCCACACCUCACCUCCGCGAACACCUCAGCAUCGUCUCUCAAACUCCCACGCUCUUCUCCCUAUCCAUCGCCGAAAACAUCGCCUACGGUUCGAACUCCAAGAUCUAUGACGAGGCACCCAACUCCUCCCCGCUCAACGACGCAGAACUACAACUCGUCGAAUCCGCCGCUCGCUCCGCCAACGCCCACUCAUUCAUCACCUCGCUCCCCUCGGGCUACUCGACCAACGUCGGCGGCGGAUCGAGCUGCAAAUUCUCAGGAGGUCAGGCGCAGCGCAUCGCCAUCGCUCGUGCACUCAUGCGCAUCCGUGCACCGAUCCUCAUCCUCGACGAAUGCACGUCCGCUCUCGACGUACAGAACCAACACUUGAUCGUCGAGACCUUGAUGGGCAAGAACGCAGAGGCGAGGAAGAGACGUAUGACGACGUUGGUGAUCACGCACAAUGUGGAUAUGAUGAGGAAGUGCGAGAGGAUUCUGGUGCUGAAGCAAGGCAGGGUCGUGGAGGAGGGCAGCUGGGAUAGGCUGGUGAGCAUGCCGGGUGGAUACUUUGCUUCGCUGACCAGGGGCGGAGAGUGGACUGGAUAG